UCCAACUCCGGUUAGCACCUCUGUUCCUUCUCCAACUCCAAAUCCUGCAGAGCUGCUCGGUGAGGUUUCCGGCCGCAUGACCUCCGACGCGGACUUGCUCCACAUCCAUCAGGUGUGCGCCCAUUGGUGCGCCUCCAUAGCUGCCGUUGGCUGCCGGCCGGCUACGUGACAUCGCGCGUUGUCAGCGCCAUCAGCGAGGACUACUCCUUCUGGCUCCCCCAUCGUGGUGGCGGCGGCGGCGGCCAGAGGAUCCCCUGCUUCGGCGACGCGCGCCGGCGGUGCUCCCCGUACUGCUGCGGCACGCCGCGCCGCACUCCCCGACGCGGUUCGUGAUGCCUCCGCUGCCCCGCUGCCGUACGACCUCCACCACCGCGACGCGCCAUGGCCACCGGCGUGUGUCCCGUUUCCCCUUCGUCAACUUCAACGCCAACCAUGCGUGCGAGCUGGCCAAGCAAGACAACUACCUGCUCACCGUGCACAUGGUCGGCAAUAUGGCAGCAACCUGCAGUACAUAAAACAAGGAAAAGACCGCGCGAGUGAUGCAUUGUGGCGGGAACGCUUAUGCGACGCGCAGUCGGAGUCCGCAUCAAUUUCCGAAUCGGAUUCCGUCGAUCUCCAAUAUCCAAGCAAAUCUUCUUCUCCCGCCGCCAUUAAAAGCAGAGCAACGGCCGUCCCUCCCUCGCUUCGCUUCCUCCCUGCGCAAUUCCACCACGCGCGCAAACCAUCCCUUUCGAUCCAACAUGGAGAAAGGCAAGCUCGAUUUCCUCCUCGAGCUAGGGUUUCGCUUCAACCCGUCGCCGGAGCAGGUCGUCACCUACUACCUGCCAUGCCUCGUCGCCGGCCAGCAGCCCAAGGACACCGAGGGGUGCAUCCACAGCGCCGACGUCUACGGCGCCGACGAGCCCAGGGACCUCGCCGGCAAGUACGCGCCCGUGGCCAGGAGCUCCAACGGCGACCGGUUCUUCUUCACCGGUUGCAAGCGGAUGAAAGGGAAGUUCUCCCGCUCCGCCGGGGGUGGCACCUGGGUCUCUCAGUCCAGCAAGGAUCUCAAGAACAGGGAGGGGAUCAAGAUCGGCGAGGUCAAGAACUUCCGCUUCAAGAAAGAUGGCAAGAACACGGAUUGGUUGAUGGAGGAGUAUCACCUCUGCGGGCAAGAAUCCGGUGAUGUUGUCGAGCCCGUCGUCUGCCGGAUUUACGUCUCCCCUAGGGCUGCUCCUGAUUCGGUGGCGCACCAAGAAUCAGCUGUCCUGCAGCCUCAAGAACCCGCGCCGCUGCCGGUUCCUGCAGCACCAGCGCCGCCACGACAAGUGCCCGUGGUCACGCAGCAAGCGCCGCCGCCGCCGCCACCACUUGUUCCGGUGAUCACGCAGGACGCGCCGCCCCUGAAGAGGCCCGCGCCGGUCGCCGCGCCGCCGUGCGCCAAGAAGAUGAGAGGCGAUGUCUCGGCAUUCCCUGUGGUGCGCCAGAGCUGCGUGGCGGCGCCGCGAUGUGCGCCACGCGUCGUGGCACCACCGCCGCGUCAUCCACCCAUCCAGACCUAUCCGACGGAUCCGUUCGAGUCAGCGCCGCUGGAUCCGUUCGAGCCGCCGCCAGCAGCUGCCUCGGUGACCGGCGGACACCACACGCCUCAGCCGUCUGUCCCUGUCCCUGCGACGCCAGAGCAAGGGUUUUCACUGGCAGCUUCCAAUAGUCCAGAACUCGAUCCGGCUAACAUCGGCAUUGACAUGGACGAGCUUAUGAGAUAUCUGGGCAAUACACCAUUGGACGGCGUUCUCCCUUCCCAGCUAUUUGUUCUGCCCACCAACGACGAUGAAGACGUCGAGCUCGCCAAAGUACUAGAGGACGGGCUACAAGGAGGAGGAGGACGGCAAUGGCAAUCCACCGCUGUGUGUGACUCCUCCUCCUCCGCGACCGGCAUCUUGGCCCGUCAUGGCGCCACCGCCGCCUCAUCCACCCAUCCUGACCUGUCCCAAGGAUCCGUUCGAGCCCAAUGAUGAUGAAGACGAGGACGAGAACGAUUUUGCGAGCAUGCUAAGACGCUGUGUGUUCGCUCCUUCU